AUGGCCGAAGCCGCAGGACAGAACGUCCCCACCUUCAAGCUUGUGCUUGUCGGUGACGGUGGUACUGGAAAGACCACCUUCGUCAAGCGCCACUUGACUGGAGAGUUUGAGAAGAAGUACAUUGCGACCCUCGGUGUCGAAGUCCACCCUCUCGGCUUCACCACGAACCUCGGACAGAUUCAGUUCGACGUCUGGGACACCGCCGGUCAGGAGAAGUUCGGUGGUCUCCGUGAUGGAUACUACAUCAACGGACAGUGCGGUAUCAUCAUGUUCGACGUCACCUCCCGUAUCACCUACAAGAACGUUCCCAACUGGCACCGUGAUCUCGUCCGUGUCUGCGAGAACAUCCCGAUCGUCCUCACCGGUAACAAGGUCGACGUGAAGGAGCGCAAGGUCAAGGCCAAGGCCAUCACCUUCCACCGAAAGAAGAACCUCCAGUACUACGACAUCUCGGCCAAGUCGAACUACAACUUCGAGAAGCCCUUCCUCUGGCUCGCCCGGAAACUCGUCGGCAACCAGACCCUCGAGUUCGUCGCCGCCCCCGCCCUGGCUCCCCCGGAGGUCCAGGUCGACCAGGCCGUGCUCGAGCAGUACCAGAAGGAGAUGGCGGACGCUGCGCAGAUGCCGCUGCCCGACGAGGAGGACGCCGACUUGUAG